AUGAAUGGUCAACUUGUACAGCCAGAGCAGAAGCUAAAGCGCGACGCUGACGGCUUCCUCCGCCGGACAGUGUGGGACCUCUUCUCUCUGAAAAGCAGAACGAUCGUCAUCACUGGUGGUGCCAGAGGUAUUGGUCUUGCCUUCGCCUUCGCCAUAGCUGAGGUUGGAGGAAAUGUUGCCAUCCUCGAUGCUCUAGACGAGCCCCACGAGCACUUUUAUGAACUCCAAAACCGAUUCAAGGAUCUCAAAUUCAAGUCGUACAAGGUGGAUGUGACCAAAUACGACGUAUUGGAGAAGGCCUUUGAUCAAGUCGUUAAAGAUUUUGGAAGAAUUGACGGACUGGUUACAGCUGCUGGUAUUUGUACAGACGAACCCUUCCUUGAACGCAAGCCCGAAUCGGUGGCUCGGUGCAUCAACAUCAACGUUCUUGGCACGUACUAUGCGGCUCAGCUAGCAGCGGCGCAGAUGGCUCGGCAGGAACCUACCGACUUCAAUCAACGAGGUGGCAGCAUGGUGUUCAUUGCCUCAAUUGCUGCCUAUGUCGCUAGCAAAGGCCAAAACACGAGCGAUUACUGCGCAAGCAAGGGCGCUGUGGUGUCAUUAUGCAAGGCCCUCGGCGUUGAGUUGGCUGCCAUGGGUAUCCGUGUCAACAGCAUAUCACCAGGGUAUACGAUGACGGACAUGACACUUGAUCUCUGUGAUAGAAUGCCCCAUCUCGCGCACAUUAUGACCACUGAGCCGCCAAUGCGCCGCAUGGCAGACCGCACUGACUUGAAGGGUCUUGUUGUCUACCUGCUCUCUGAAGCAAGCGCCUACCAGACCUCGGAGGACAUUCUUGUGACCGGUGGCAUUCAUGCGGGCAGACUUUUAUGA